AUGGGCACCACAGCGCCCUACGUGGCCGUGCGGAUGAGCAGUGAUGAAUGGGAAGGGCCCAGUUCAGGGCUGGGCAGGAACAAAUGUUAUUACUUCUAUGGGGGCUUGGGGCUGGGGGGGCUCCUGGCUGUGGUGGUGGCUGUUCUGUCCGCCUGUCUGUGUCGGCUCCAUCGGAGAGUGAGGAAGCUGGAGAGGCGCUGGGUGCAGCCCCCGGAGCAGGAGCUCCACUAUGCGUCUCUGCAGAGGCUGCCCUGCAGUGAGCGACCUGCCCUUGGCCACCGAGAACGGAAAGGCUCCAAGGAGGACCCCAGCUCCGACUACACCUGCAUUGCUGAAAGCAAACCCACCUGA